AUGUGGCUUCUGAACACCAACCGCGCCGAGCUCCACUUCUUCUCCGACCCUUCCUCCGUCCUGGGAGGAUACGCGACUCUAUCGCAUACAUGGAGCCGGUCCGAAGCGCGGCCAGAGCAAACCUUCCAAGACCUUCAAGCCAUAUUCCAACGAUGCGCCACUGAGGGCAAGAAUCCACGCGAUCAUGUAUCCGACAAGAUUCGAAACUGCUGUCUCGUUGCGGAGCGCGACGGAUACGAAUGGGUGUGGGUGGAUACUUGCUGCAUCGACAAGACGAGCAGUGCGGAGCUCUCGGAGGCGAUCAACUCCAUGUUCAACUGGUACGUCCUCUCCGAGGUGUGCUACGCGUACUUGGAGGAUGUCGGUGCCGAUGAAGACCAUGGAGCCGUGGGCUCGGAGUUCAGGACAUCUCGAUGGCAUACACGAGGGUGGACGCUGCAAGAACUCCUCGCGCCCACCUUCAUGGUGUUCAUGUCGCGAGAUUGGACGCCCAUCGGGACGAAGCACCAACUCUCCAUCCUCCUCUCCGAAGUAACAGGGAUCGACAGGGCGCAUCUUAAGCGCGAGAAGGCCUUCUUGGAUGCGUCUGUCGCGGAGAGAAUGUCUUGGGCCGCAAGCCGUACGACAACGCGCGUAGAAGACGAAGCCUACUGCCUCCUCGGUCUCUUCGACGUCAAGAUGCCCCCGUUGUACGGAGAAGGUCGCCAAGCGUUCUAUCGGCUUCAGCUAGAGCUUUCACGACACUCCAUAGACACCUCCCUCUUCGCCUGGGGCAUCGUGCACGACGGCACUCUGCUUCACGAUCCAACGGCACAGCCCGACUACGAAGACAUCCAUUUCUACCAGAGGCCAGAACUCUCCCCGUACUCGUGUUUCCUCUUUGCGUCGUCUCCUCGUGACUUUCUUGGAGAAACUCGCUAUUACACCCCGGUACACAACCCCACGGCUGUUCUUCGUAGACCAUCCCUUGUGCAUUCCACAGACGAAGGCCCGUUCGGCAAGUUCGAGCUUCCGAGAUUCGAGAUCACCAGUCGAGGAAUGAAGUGCCGCCUGCCUGUAGCCGAAGUAGACGGUAUGGCCAUCGCGGUCCUUCUCGUGGAGACUCGGCAGCAGCACCACAUCGGCCUCUUCCUCAACCCAUCUCACGACAACGAGCGAUUCGAUCUCGAGGAGCCGAUGUACUAUGCCACCAACGCCAUCGUCAACGCGCAAAGUGGGGCGUGCAUACAGUACCGCAUCGCCCAUCUCGGCGACGACCUGUACAACCUCCACUUCCUCGGCCACCGCGUCCACGCCCGCUGGCGCGACAUCUUCAUCCACGCCGUCCCCAGUGGCAAGUUCCGCACCGACCCCGCCAACCUCGUCCUCUACGCCCUCGCCGAUCGCGCUGCGGACCCACCACCAUUCCGCAUCCCCCGUUGGCUCUUCGGCGCGCUGGCCGCGCUCAAACUCCUCCCUGCGGGCGGCCGUGUCAUUUCCCUCGACCCUUCCUCCUCGUUCGAAAUGUAUCUGGAGUUCGCAAGCACCGCGUCGGGCGAGAUGGUCCGCGUCCGACUCGGCCUAUGCAACGCCUCCUCCUUGGACGAGCCCCGCCACUGGGCGUUCGCAGAGCCCGUGCACAGCGCGAUGUGGCUACAGCCCUGGGCGAAGGGCGCACACGUGUGCGCGCAAGACCACGUCGACGCCUGGCCUCGCGCCGGCCGUGCGUUCGGCAACGCAGAGCGCACGGUGCGGCUCGCGUUCGUGCGGUGCGCGCACGACCCGGGACGCACGCGCGUCAUGCGCCUCGAGCUGGGCGGGUCCGUUUACGACGCGAUGCAGCGCGAGGCGAAUCUUUUCCUCUCGGAUCACAGGGCAUCAAGGCUGGCGCGCGAAACGGUGGCUCCGCGGAGUCUCUCGGGCUGA